AUGUCUUCGAUUAUUGAACUUUCGGAUAUAGAUGAUUAUAAUGAGAAAGACUUAAUUAAAAUGAGAGAGAAUAAUAGUGAUAGCGAAAACGAAUUAGAAAGCGAAGAAACAUUAGCUUUCUUUACUUCUCAACUGCGAGUUCCCAAAGUUAUAUAUACAACUGUUCCUAUAGAAUAUCCAGAUACAUCUUCAGAAGGAGUUGCAACCGUUUACAAUGUAACUGGAUGGAAAAAUCAUACAGACGCGUUUUCAGAUAUUCAAUAUUCAACAAAUGGUUCAGGCGGUACCACAAAUAUUCAAGAAUGCCCUUUUUUUGGAGGAAUACCCGUUAAAAAAAAUCAAAGAAAAUGCCAAGGAAUAAAGUUUUGUCAGUUCACUGAUCCUGAACUUGUUAAUCAAGAACACUGUAGUGUUGAUUUUGAUUCUGAAAUUUUUCAACAUUAUACACAACAAAAUAAUAAUAAUACUAAAGAAGCUAAGACAUAUACGUAA